UAAAGCUACUUGUAAUGGCCGCCAUGCUAAGAUGAUCGAAGACGGCCCUGGAUCUCAACACGGAGGCCAAUUUGGCCCAGGAAUUGGAGGAAUAAGUAUGGUUACUAAACAACAACAAAACGAUGAUUCGGGCCAACGCCCUCAGUAUUCUAUGCCAGGAAUACUUCAUUUUUUGCAAACGGAAUGGGCUCGUUUUGAGAUGGAAAGAUCGCAAUGGGAAGUCGAAAGAGCGGAACUUCAAGCUAAGAUUGCGUUUCUUCAAGGGGAAAGAAAAGGACAAGAGAAUUUAAAACAGGAUUUAGUUAGAAGAAUUAAAAUGUUAGAGUUUGCAUUGAAACAAGAAAGAGGGAAAUAUCAUAAGUUAAAAUACGGAACAGAUUUAAACCCAGAAGAUUUAAAACCUCCUGUAUUUGAUAAGAAAAAUGAAGAUGAUGUGGACGGUAACGAUACGUCAGUAACCACUUCCUCUACAUCCAAUAUAAACACAUCAUGGCGUCAAGGCAGACAGUUACUCAGACAGUAUUUACAAGAAAUAGGCUACACAGACACAAUAAUAGAUGUACGAUCGGCACGUGUAAGGUCGUUACUAGGGAUACAGCCUCAUUCUGGUGAUGAACCAGAUGGUAUCCAAUCAGGUUUAGUUAAUGGAGAACCUCAACUUACAAAUAGAAACGAAAUCACCAAAAGUAGAAGCUCGGGUAAAAAGAACCAAAUAGAAGGAGCUUUAAUAGAUACUGAAGAUGCUGUUAUGACAACGUUUGAUUUUCUGCAGCCGGAGCAUGUGGUGGACGAUGAAGACGACAAUCUUAGCGAUGAGAACGAGGAUGGUGGAGCAGCAGAUGACGAAUCCGAUGAAAGAUUGGAAAGAAAGGGAAACAAAAUAAAGAUUAUUGGUAAUGAGAGUAUGGCAGGUAUGGAUGAUGUAGAUCCAGAAACCGAAGAGGCGUUAGCGGAGUUCGAUUUCCUUGUAUCAGAGAGUGGAGAGGGGGCCGGUGAGGCUCGUAGUCACGGUGACGGUAUGCCAUGGGAGAAGAAAGGUGAAGGUGAAGAAUGGGUGGUCAAUCACAGUCAUCUAUCAAAACUAAAACAACAGUAUAAACAGGAGAGAAAAGGCAAGAAGACUAGUAGACCAUCACGAUCAUCACUGCAGGCAAUGUUGGCAAAUCUUAGUUCAGAUGACGAGAGUCCUUCAUCCAGUCCAAACAACUCACCGCGUUCAACGAACAUUCCUUCUUCCGAACCCGAUGAAAUUGCUGUGCAAGGAAAUAAUUCUAUACAAUUCUCCAUGUCAAACUCGAGAAAACCUAUUUUAGGCGGUGUGGCCGGAUCAGAUGAAGAUGCAUUAGAUGCGGCGCUAGGAUUAGGAGAUUUAGCCGGAUUAACUGUCACUAACGAAUCGGAUCCAUUAUGCUAUGAUAUUGCUGCACCUAAAGAAGUCUUCAGGAAAACCUGGAAUGCCAAAUAUACUUUACGAAGCCAUUUUGAUGGUGUGAGGGCGUUGGCCUUCCAUCCUGUAGAACCGGUGUUAAUUACAGGAUCGGAAGAUCAUACUUUAAAAUUAUGGAAUCUACAGAAAACAGUGCCAGCAAAAAAAACGACAUCGCUAGAUGUUGAACCAGUUUAUACUUUUCGAGCACAUGUUGGCCCUGUCUUGUGUUUAGCUGUUAGUGCUAGCGGUGAACAGUGUUAUAGUGGUGGAAUGGACUCAACCAUUAGAUGUUGGAAUAUACCAAAUUCUAAUAUUGAUCCUUACGAUUCAUAUGAUCCUAGUGUAUUACAAGAUACGUUAAUUGCCCACACGGAUGCUGUAUGGGGUUUAUCUAUUCACAGUAGUAAAUCUCAUGUAUUAUCAUGUUCGGGUGAUGGUACUGUCAGAUUGUGGAGUCCAGGUACCAAAUCACCGUUACUUAAUACCUUCACAGUAGAUACAGAAGAUGGAGUACCUACUAGUGUAGAUUUCGUUCGAUGUGAUCCAAGUCAAAUGGUUGCUAGUUAUACCUCUUCUAAUACUUAUAUUUAUGAUUUAGAAACUGGACAACAAGUGCUAAAAUUAGAAACUAAACAAAACUCAGAUUCAAGUUCUACAAAUCAGAUAAAUCGUGUUAUUAGUCAUCCUACUUUACCUUUAACUAUAACAGCACAUGAAGAUAGACAUAUUCGAUUCUUUGAUAAUAAUACAGGUCAAAUAGUUCAUUCUAUGGUAGCCCAUUUAGAUUCUGUAACUUGUUUAGCUGUCGAUCCAAAUGGAUUAUAUCUUUUAUCAGGAAGCCACGAUUGUUCAAUAAGAUUAUGGAAUUUAGACAGUAAAACAUGUGUGCAAGAAAUAACGUCACAUCGUAAGAAAUUUGAUGAAUCGAUACAUGACGUUGCCUUCCACCCUCAGAAACCCUACAUAGCGAGCGCAGGGGCGGAUGCUCUGGCAAAAGUUUUUGUCUGACACGCGUCAUCUUUAGACUAGGAACAAAUUAAAAUUAUUUCACACCGUGGCACAGCAAUGGUCUCGGGACUGUAAAUAGUAGCAGUUGUUGACAAAUCAUCCUAUCUAAUCGAAAGCCAUCGUCUGCUCUUAACUCCAACGACCCUUCUGCGAACAGAAAGAAACUCAAAGUCACCCGAGACAAUGAAAGAAGAAGAUUGACAAUGAUCGCAAGAAAAGUAACAAUGUAGAAUAAACUUCCAGUCGUUUCUACACCCUGUAUGUUCAUCCAGUCUUGUGAAGCCAAUACCUAGAACAAAUGACUGCUUGGGUUAAAGAUACAUUAUGUAAGAUUUAGAUAAAGAGCUGGCCAUUCUUGCUAUAAUAGUUCGAAAAUAGAUAAUGAAUAAUAUAUGUCUCGAUUAUCCAUUGUAUCGUUAAAUUUUUAAUUCUCACAGGUCUUCUAAUUCAUUUUAAUCUCAGCCAUCCGAUGGUCUAACGAGUUGAUUAGGGUCUUGCCAUGUGAAUAUAUGUAUAAAUAAUAGCUUAUAUAGCAUUUGAAGCCAAAAUAAAGACCUGCAAUAGGCAGAUGUAGCUCUUACAUAAUGUAUCUUUGAAGUAGUGUUUCUAAAUACUCCGAGAUAAAAUUAACUUAUUGAUAAAUUACAAUAUUUGUCUGUAGCGAUCAAAACAGGCAGCUAUAAUAUUCAAAAUUAUUCAAAAUUAAUGUCUAUGAUGUGAUUUUUGUGUGAGGGGCCUGUCUAAUCUCAUUUGUUUUCUACGGUUUCCUCCCACAGCCAAAUACCCUUACGCUCAAGUGAAUUAUUGAAAUAGAAUCGAACCAUGUGUUAGUCCCAAAGUGACCUAAUUUGUGUUGAUUCUCUCUUUUUCAUUCUAAAGAAAAAUUAUAAUUUGAUUAGAAAACUUGGAACUUCAAAUCUGAUAAUAUAUAUUGAAUUUGUAUAUUGUCAGAGAAAAUAGCAUCACUCUGACGACGUUACAAUCACAUGAUCUGAUUGGUUGACGUACUUAUUCAGGAAGUACUACUUUCAUUUUAAACGAUUGUCACCCUAAGUCUCUAGGUUAAGAGGAAUAAAUUCCAGAAAGUUCAACCAAGAAUUUACAUUGUCCCCUUUUAAUUUACUUUCUUUGUGUCAACAGAAAGUUUUAAUUCAUUCUGCUGUGCCACGAUAGUUAUGUACUUCUACACUUAAAUCAUAAAUGACAGAAUAAUAAAUCCCCCUUUAAUGGAGAAUAGGAUAGUCUCUUUUGUGUAUCAAAUCUGCAUCCUGUGAUUGAAUAUGGAUUAAUCUAUUAUGGAAUAGAGGGAGAUUUAUCUCGGUUGUUAUGUUAAGGCUGUAGUUUAUACCAUACGCUAUAUUCGUACCAGAGAUAGAUAUAAAAUGGAGAAAACCUGCUGAUCGAUUUUCAUGCGUUCAUGCACACUCGAACAUAGCGCAAUUAAUUAAUUGCUUUAUGCUCUUGUCCACUGUUCCAGUCUCGAGUCCAUUUUAUAUUCAUCUAUGUCGGAAUAAUCAUAGUAAUAUUUGUAACAAUAUUUGUAACAAUAUUUGUAAUAUUAUUGUAAUAUUUUGUAACAAAGUUGCGUUCAGUUGAUUGAAUGUUUGUAACCAAGGAAACAAGUGUAUAUUGCCUAAUUAACGGACACUAACCCACCCCUAUCCAAUAUUGUAAAUAUAUUCAAUACCAUUAUUAUUAUUAUUAUUAGAAUGUACAUUAUUAGUGGUUUUACUCGCUACAAGAGUUCUGUGAAAAAAUCGUGCUCGGGGGUUUGCUCCGUCUGCUGAAAGAUUUAUUGUGUGAUUCCUUCUUUAUGAAAUUAAACAAAAAUUAAAUAUUUCUGAUUGAUCCACAUGUACGUGCAAUUUCUUUAUUAUAUUACAAGUUUAUGGAUUAUAAAAAUAUUCCGAUUUAUCAGGUGGCUCUCACAUUCUUUCACAUUCAUUUAAUAUCCAAUCUUUGUUUAAAAAUUCGUAAAAACUGUUAAAAUCACCAUAAAUCCUUCAAUCACUGUUAAAAAAAAUAAACAACCCAAUUAAUUAAUAAUGUAUAAUGAUUAAUUUUUGAACAGUGUUCAGGAAAUUAAAUACUUACAAACUGGACACUCAUUAUCAAAAUUAAUCAGUCAACACAAGUACAAAUUGGUUGAUUUUUGGUGAUUUUAAAUGAUUUUUACAAAUUUUUAAACAGAGAUUUGAUAUUAAAUGCAUGUGAAAGAAAUUAGUGCUAGAUACACAAGAUUAAAUGAUACCUGGGUUACAGUCUAACUAGACCAAGCCAUUUUGAUUUUCUAUUCUGUGUCGUUCUGAAUAAAUGGCUUCUUCAAUCACAUGAAAGAUAUUUCAUUUAGAAUUUCAAAACUUACAAAUUUGGAACUAAGAGCUUUUGAACACUGUAACUAAGAAGUUUUGGUUUUUUAAAUUAAUAUUUUUACCAAAGAAAUAAGAAAAAUAUAAACAUGUGUUCCCAAAGAAAAGAAAAUCAACUUUUUGUGACCCUAGGGAACUUGGUGUAAAUUAAUUGCAUAGAAUACUUAAAAUGGCUUAUUUGAAUUUUCAGGUGCUUUUGUUAUUUUCUGUUUUUUACUGUAAAUUAUGUCUUGUAUUAUAAGUUAUUUAUUAGUUUCACAUGCACCUUAGAAUAAUAAAUUUAUAAAAUCAUAUGAUCUUUUUAAUUUGGGUGAAAGAAUAAUACAAUCUUUUGGAUCCAAUCUUAUGAGUGUUCAUUAAAAGCAUAGGAUCUUUUUAAUUUGGGUGAAAGAAUAAUACAAUCCUUUUGAUCCAAUCUGAUCUGGUUUUAAUAGAUUGAUGCCCUUGUAAAUUUAAAACUUGAUGUUCUUGGAUUAAUGUUGAAAUAAAAGUGUUUGCUUCCAACAAUCAAAUAACAGAAUUCGUGCACUUGGAAACACUCAUGUGUAAUGAAGCUCUAUAUAAAUCGAACAAUAAUAAUUAAAAUUAAUGAGUAAGUCAUAUUCUAAGAUGGAGAAUUUUAUAAAAUAUAUUUUUUGGACAAAAUAAUACUUCAAAACAUUUGAUUCUUCCAAAUUAAGAUUUUUAGGCAAUAUAAGAGAUUUUGCUUUCAACAGUUAAAUAACAGAAUUCAAAUUAAUAAACAAAAUCAGCCUCUGAGAAUAUUUUACCAGAUCACUGAUCAAAUAACACAUCCGAGUAUUUAAAAAAACCAAAUUAUUUCUUUUACCCAAAUUGAAGUCGUUGUGUUCCUUUAAAGUGGCUUGCUUUAAAGCGCUAAGCUGUAAAUCGUUCUGUUUAAAACAAACAGAACAACUUUCUUUCUGUUACCCAAAUUGAAGCUGUCUUGUACCUUUAAAGCAGCUUGCUGUAAACGGUUCUAGUUCUCUUGAGAUUUUUAUAUAAAACUGCAAUAAGAAAAAAAGGAUGAUUUCUUAUCAAAAUAAUGAUCGAAAAUUCAUGACAAAUCAAUCAAAUAUGCAAAUAUACCAAAAAACUUUUUUUUUUUGUGACUAAUUUGUAAUUUAUAUUGAUGCCAUGUUACUAUGGUAACUUUAUUUAAUUUAAUCUCACAAGUUCUUAGAAACAAAUUAUAUAUGUAUAUAGUCAUUGUGUAUAGAGUUGAUAUGGCAACUAAAAGGUUACCAUAGCAACGAUCCUCCCACUUCAGCUUUUAAAUAGUAAUUCAUCAAGGUCAUCUUGUGAGGUCAAAGGUCAGGUUGCUUGUGUAUAAAGAUAUUUUCAAAUAGAUGAAUUUAUAUUGUAUUAUGAUAAAUAUUAUAAACUAGAUUUAGUCUGUCGUGUGAAUUUACAAAAAAAAAAAAACAAUUUGUAUUUAUUUUCUCUAGGAUCAUGUUAAACACCUUUUUACUAUUCUAUUCAAAUUUAUGUGGCGGCCAUUCCCAAACUUUACCCACCAUUUUGAAUUAUGUGUGAAACCAUUAUGAAUUAAAAUUUAAAAUUUAAACCACUAGUAUCUAAUGCUUAGACUUCCUUACAGCAAUGUUACGAAUCUGGAAAGUAAUUCAUGAAGGGCUUGGGACACAAAUUUUAACUAAGAUAAAAUCCAAAUUUUAGUAAUUUGAUUGGAUAAUAUUAGAUUGAUUUUAGUGCUUAGCCAAUCAAAAUUGAAAUAUCUACUAAAAUUUGGAUAUUAUCUUUAGUUAAGAUUUCGAGAAACAGGCACUGGAAACUAAUUCGUGAAGGGACUUGGGACACAAAUUUCUUUAUUUGUUUAAUAAAGUUAGUAAUAUGGUGGAUUGAUAUCUAAAUGUGUGUAUGUGCAUUAAAUUAAUUUAUGGUUAUCGAUAACCUGUUUUGAUUGCUGCUUUUGAUAAACAAAAUUUGAGAAUGGCUGCUGAAAAAAUAUAAACAAAAUUAAAUAGCUUCAUCUUCAUCAAAAUCAUUUUAGUAAAUUAUCACUGGACAUCAUUGUAACCAUUGUGAAAAUAGAUUUUAUUUUAUUGAAAAAGAAAAACAACCUGUAGAUUAAAAUGUGGUUUAUUGGUUUAUCUCAUUAUUUAUUAAAUGUAAAUGUUUUAAUAUCACCCUCGGUGGAAGCCAAUCAAAUUAAAACAUAGAUCCUAUUACGUUUCGAGGGUCGCCUGUCCAACCUCGUGGGUUUUCUCCAGGUCCUCCGGUUUCCUCCCACUGCUAAAGACCCCUACGCGCAAGCGAAUUAUUGAAAUAAAAAUUGAACCAUAUGUUAGUCUAGAAAUGGCCUAGUUUGUGUCGAGUGGACGUUAAACCCCAUUUCUCUCUCUCUCUCUAUUUCGUUUCGUUUUUUAUAGUUCAAAAUUUCAUUUUACUACUCUAGGAUCUGAAAGAGUUGUUAUCAUUGACGUGUUCUGAAUAGUGUGAGGUAUUAGCCGAUGAAACGGUCUGUUACGGCAAGCUUUAGGCGUGUUUUGCACACAACUGUGGCAAAUCCACCAGUAACACUAAUGCUGAUUGGUUAAUCAGAUGUCUGACGUCAUAGGCUCACUUGCCGCUCGUAUGGCCUCUGACGUGACCUAUCACAACAACUGGUCAGAUCUUCUUGUAGUGUAGGCCAUCGAAAGUAUAAAAAAACGAAACGAAAUAUAGAUCUGUAUUUUAAUCUGAUUGGGUGGAAGCGGGACGUUGAGCCCUGCCUAAAUAUGAAUUAUUACAUGAAAGGUUUUAAUAUCAAAUAUGCUGUCAACAUGCAAUAACUUAUAUGGUAUUUACUGUUAAAACAUAGUGUAUACAACUAGUGAAGUUGUAUUUACAAAAUAUACAAUGCAAUUUGUAGUCCAUAUAUGUAAAAAUCUGGUUUAUUGUCACAAUUAGAACAUGGUGUUUACAACUAAUGAAGUGGUAUAUACGUUAAUCACAACCAAUAGGCCUGUUAAACAGAAGGACUAAUAUGGUAUUCACAGUUAGAACAUGGUGUUUGCAAAAUAUACUAUCUAAUUUAUAGUCCUUUUGAGUAAAAAUCUGGUUUAUUGUCUACUGUAAAUGCAUGAUAUAAAAAAUUGAAAUAUAUUUAAAGCAUUUGGUUUGAUUUGAAUAUCAAUUUACAGUGUGUUGCCGAGGGUAUGAAAUGUUAUUUACAGCUUGUGAAGUGGUAUUUACCAUAUCUGCAAGCAGUACAGCAGGACCAAUAUUAUUUGGAAGAUUUUCGCAUACAAGCCUUUAGACAUUUGUAUGUAGAGAAUCUUCUGAAGGGAAAUUUAUUCCAAUAUUCUCAGUUGGUCCAUAGAAUAGAGUAUGGGCAUCUCAGAACUUUUGUUUAUUAUACGCGAGAGAAUUUAGCAAAAGGUACAAACAUUCGAUGAGCUUUUUUUUAUGCUUUUUAUUUAUAAUUUGAAUGAGUUUAAAGGACAAUAUUGGUGCCUGUCAUUAUCACAUAUGUGAUAGAACUGGUUAAACACGUUCCAACUAUUAUUUUAUCACAGAGAUCAUUGUUAUGAUAGAUGCGUAAUCAAUACUUCAACAAUUGGAAGUGACGAACGCAAAAGGAAAACACGAGUUAUCCCUCUAUAUAACUGGCUGAAGUGACGAGUGAUAACAGAUACAUGGGUGAAUUUCUGCUCACUAAUAAUUCCUUCGAAGACCAAAAGUUAUUAUAAUGACUGGCACCAAUAUUGUCCUUUAAGAGGAAAGUUUAAACGGUGUUGUAACUGGAAUGAUUGAAUGUAGAAUGUUGUUUUUUUAAGUAUCCAUUAUAAUCAUACAAAACUAACAAUAUAAUAUCAACAAUCUCUGACUCUGAAUUUGUCAUGGUUCUGUAUCAUAUAGUUUGAAUAGAGCCAAAUAAACGGACUAAAAAAACAAAAAAGAAUUUCUUCAAUCUUAUUCCAUGAUAAAAUUAAAACAACUUGAUAUUUUGGUUUAUAUAUAUAGAAUGUACCGAUCGGUGAUGAUUCUGUUCAAAAUAAUUAUUUUUAUGUAAAUUAGUCAAUCUUCACACCAUAUGUGCUAUAUAUCUGACAACUUAUUUUAUCAUUAGGGAAACUUUAUCAUAGAAAAUAUUAAAGAUACAUUAUGUAAAAUUUAGAUAAAGAGCUGGAUGUUCUUGCCAUAAAAUAAAUAAUGAGUCAAAUUACUCUAUUCUGAACAAAGUUAUGAAUGAUUGAAGUUUUGACAAGAAUAUCGUAGUUGCGAUUGUCGUUGGUACGAUAAUAAACAAAGUCUUGAUUUUCCAUUUUAACGUUAACCAAUUAAAUGGCGUGAAUGGUCUAAUCCAUUAAAUUUCUCUUCCAUCCGACGGUUUAGGGAGUUGAUAUCAUUUGAAGUGAGAACAAGGAGCUAUAAUAGGCAGAAUUAGCUCUAAUAUAAUACAUCUUUAAUACAUUGUAUAGAUCAUACUCCAUAUUCCAUACACUAAAAACUAUUUAUGGAAUAACAAAUACUAGGUUAUUAACACACAAUGUUUCCACGAUCUGGGGGGGUGGGGGAAGGCGAUGGUUAGAGUGUGUGUUCAAUCAUAAGGUCUGUCAUUGAUUCAGCGUGGUUUCACGGAUAGGUCGCUUAUCCAACCUUCUGCAUUUUCUCUGGGUCCUCUAGCUUCCUCCCACUGUUAAAGACCCCUAUGGGGUUAGUCCCUAAAUGACCUAGUUUGAGGUCUCUCUCUCUCUCCCUCUCUCUCUCUCUCUCCCUCCCUCCCUCCCUCCCUCCCUCCCUGCCCCCCCCCCCCCAAAUGAUAAACCAGUUAUUGUCAUUCCAUAAAUAGUGUUUUGUGUGUCACUGUUCAGUUACUAAAUACCACUCAUUAAAGUAUUGUCUAGAUAAAGUCACCUGUCCUUGUAAGAAAAACAUGUAUUUUAUUUAUUCAUAGUGCAUGUUGAUACCUAGUCUCUAUCAUCCAGAAAAAUAUCCCUACAUUGAAGACUAGGAGGUUCUGGGUGACCAAGACUACUUGAUAGGACCAUCACCCUAGAAUAAAUUAUUAAUAAGUUAAAAUAAAAAUACAAACUAUUUUGCUGACAGCAUUGAGAUAUUUUAAAUUAAGUGUAGUUUAAUGGUUGAGUGCUAGACAUUAAAUAAUAAUUUGAUAUUGCACAAGGGCUAUAUCUAUAUAUUACGCAAUGUCUUGCACCAGACGAUUAAAUAACUUAAAAUACAGACACUAUCCAGCAUGUGCAUUUCAAUGAAAUACGUCACGCGGGUCCAAUAUUUCAACUAGUGUAGCAUUAUUUGAAAUAAUGGUACGCCAACAUUCAAGGAUGAGGUCACAUCUGUAUUUUAAGACUAUGUAACUGACAGGGUUAAAGAUAUAGAUAUUGAGAUAGUCAUAUAUCAGGUAGUUCAUACAUAAAAAAAACAGGACUCAUUACAAGCUCUUGAUUGUCAACUAGACUCAUUACAACCUCUUGAUUGUCAACUAGACUCAUUACAACCUCUUGAUUGUCAACUAGACUCAUUACAACCUCUUGAUUGUCAACUAGACUCAUUACAACCUCUUGAUUGUCAACUAGACUCAUUACAACCUCCAGAUUGUCAACUAGAAUACUGUAUUGUAUUUAAUUAUAUUAUAUAAAUCUAAUUUGAAAGUG